AUGGCGGAACCUGGCCCUGCAUCUCCUACGAGUCCGCCGCCCCCGGUGAACGAUCAAGCUACUAGCAGUGAGGUAACGCAAUCUACAGCUUCUGAAAACACGGCAGAUACUGUCGAUUCACUUCUACCAGCUACCACGGGCGCGGUUCAACUGCCUGUACCUUUUUCCACCACUACAGUGAACCCUGUCGCCGAUCCUGUUCAGCAUGCGACCAGAGAUCCGACCAGGGAUUCUCGAUUUCUGCCAGGCGCUGGUCAAGCCUUCUUCUCCACUGAGCUAGGCAUUCGAGCCCCGCGUCCAGUCAGCCAGGUCUCUAUACCUCCUAUCGCACGCGGGCGCAAUGACCCUGCGACUGUGGUAUGCGCGGCAAGGUACUGGCAGGACAAGUAUCCGAGAGAGUGUCUCUGUAUCCUCCCUACCCAAGGAUGGACUGUUGAAGAUCUCUGGGAUGCAGAAGACCUCCAUGUCGAGGACCGGGAGUUCUGCGAACAGAUGUUGGCUUUCAUUUCACAAGAGACUUACCGGGUAGCACUCCAAUACGCCCAUACCUGGGUUCAUGAGCAUUCAGACCGAGUAGAAUUCACCGACCUUCGGAUGGGCAGUGUCUACAAUGUCAACGACCCGCUCGACAUCAUCGACCAAAUCUUUAUUUUCGGCGAGCCUAACCAAUACCCGCGCGUCUUCCUUUGGCACGUCGCCCAUAUCAUGAUCGUUGAUUGGAUCGAGAGUUGCAAAGCGAGAGCUACCCCAGUGGCUACGGGGCAGAUGCAGCCAUCGUCUACUAUGGGAUCUCACCAUGUAAGAGAAGGAAUAAGGAUUUCCUCUACAGAAGUGAACCCGUCUGACGGUAAGAAACGCACCGGCACCAGGAAGAACAACAAGCGAACAAGACCUCGAUCGAAAACGCUGACAGCACUGACAGAGUCCGCACCGACUGUCAAGAGCCCUAAGGGUAUCCCAAUUGUGGCACCUACUGCGCCAAAUCAACCUCAUAUGUACACAUCUUCCCAUCGUGUCUCAUCACACGGUCAUCUACAUCCCGGUACAUUGUACAUGCCACCAAGGAACGUCAACAUUGGUGCCGUGGCAGGGCCGUCCAUGUUGUCGCCAAACAUGCCUGUACCAGCCGCUGGCAUGCGUAGGAGCAAUCGCGGUGCCGCAUCUGCGUCAUGGGCCGAGAACAAUAAUCGCAUGUAUCCUGCGCCAAUACAGAGACAGCCAUUUCCGCAAGCGCCGUACAUGGCUCCACAGUUCGCGAUAGGCCAGAUGGUUCCUGGAAUGAUGGCGCCUUUUGUUCCAGCACCACAGGUUGGGCUUUAUCCACAUCCACAGAUGGUCAAUCCUCAGCAUGAUCCAACAAUGAACGCGCGAGGCCCAAUGAGCUUCCCCUCAGGUGUCAUGCACAAUCCGUCUGUUGGCCCAGCCAUUGUACACCAUAAUACAGGACCUCACAAUAGCUCCAUGGGAGAUAUGACCAACAUACACUAUCAGAACCAGAUGGGAUCUCCAUUUGCGGAUCCUCGAGCACCGAUGCCGCCCCGUCCUAACAACCCACCCAUGCCACAGCUGUACGAUCCCUAUAGCGGCAACAACCGCAAAUUUAGCGGUGUUCCAGCAUAUAAUAACAUGGGAAAGAAGGGUGGACCUGGUAACUUCACAGCUCAGACGAGCCGGGGACGUAAGACAUCAAACCCUGCUGGCCGUGCAUCGCAGCAUAACUCCAACGUUGAUCUCCAUCCGAACUCUCCUCGCUACCAAGACUUCGGCGCUCGAUAUCGCCAAUCAGAGGAAGACCCGAACAUCGUUAGCGACACUGUCUCUGGUUGUGGUCAUACGUGGAUCGGGAUCCAGAACUCCACCGUCAAUGAGCUCUGGGUUGGGGAUCUGCCCGCAGAUACGUCCCAGGGGGAAAUCGAGCAGAUGUUCAAGCAGAACGUGAAAAUCACUCCCACCAAAGUCGUUAUUAAGACCAACGGCUUCAAUAAGGCUCCCUCCCAUGCAUUCGUUACAUUCGCAUCGUAUUCGGACGCUAAGACAGCCUUGACCAUUAACCAGUUCAACCCUCGUCUAAGCAAUGGCGUCCGGCCUAUUGUGUCGGUACCUAGGCGCUUUUAUCAUAAGGGAUUUUCGCCGUCUCCAGGUCAAUCGGAACAGUUGGACAGCCAAAAUACCAGUGGCGUUCCACGCUUGGCGCCCACAGAGGAAAAGGGGAAGCAGGCAGAUAACGGCGUGACUAUAGCAAAAGGAAAAGUGUCAUACUCUCCCCAGGAUGUUAGAAGCGGCCUGCCGAAGAAGCCUGUUGUGGAUCCAGAGUCUGGAGAGCCUGCAGAGACGACUGCAAACCCCGGACUAGACAGGACUAAACGGCAGCAGAAGUCUCCCACUAAAAACAGCAAGGCUAAAAGCAAGCGAGAGUCACCGGUAAAGGAUACCAUUCCCGAAAAAGUGGUGAAAAAGACGGAUGGAAAGUCCAACACUGGGUUUCAUUCAAUGGUCGCAACCAGUGGCGCAGACAACACCAAAGAUAGCCAGGCCAACAAAAAGGCUAAUCUGAAAGUGGAUAAGCCCAAGGGUUCGGCGACUACAUCUGCUGCUGUUUCAUCUAAAGAAAAGGUGGCACCAAUGGCGAUUCUUGCUCCAGAUACCAAUGCGGUUCAGGGAAAAGCACCGGCGGGUGACAUACCUUCGCAGUCGCCCAAACACCAAGAGGCGGCAGCGAUUAUCCCUAGUCAAGGAAAAGUACUAGUGAUAAGCGAUGACGAGUCCUCGUCCAUCGAUAAGAAGACUACUGUAAUGGCUCCACUGCCCCAAGCUACGGAUACCACUCUCUUGGCUACUCCAGGUGUCGACUCUGGGGAGCACCUCAAGAACGUCGAUACUAAAGUCCCCAAUGCGGCUGUGAAGGUUCCGUCACCAGAGUCGGCCGAUGAGAAUAACUCGGAUGAUGAGGCGAAGAAUGACGUUAGUUUCCACUCUGCACCAGAAGUUCAGUCCGAUGCUGGGCAACCCGACCCUCAACCAGAAGUUCCGAACGAAUCGCUUGAGGCGAACCAAGAUACUCCAGUGCUACCGAAUAUAGCUGACGAAGGCAAGCCUAAUGCGUCUGAGACACAACGAUCCGCACCUGCAACUACAACAUCACGAGGCGCUACCACUGACGACAUCACACCUACACAAGACGCUGCAGCUACAAGUACCACAAGCACUGCAAUAGACUCUACAAUGGCGGUGGAAACUGCGUCAACAACUACGAAAGUCUCUGCGAUGGAAGCUAGCAAGAAGAGCGGAGUUUCGCAAGUGCAGUCGCUCCAUCCCUUCGCAAAGAGCAAGUCACAGUCGAAGAAGGAGAAAGAGGCCAAGAAGAAACACCAAAAGAAAGAAGCCGACCGAAUUGCAAAGGCAAAGGCGGAGAAGGGGAAGCAGACGAGUGUUGACGCAGAUGCUCAGGCGAAGACUGAACUGCCCAUCGACUCCGGAACGUUGCCCAUAGCUCCAGAUGAUGCCUCUGAGCCGGAAGCAGCUGAAAUCGGGACUCAAAAAUCUCCAAACAACACGAAAGCAAAAGGAAAGGACGAGACAAAAACUGCAGAAGCUGUCUCUGCAGGGCGCAUCAAGAAGCAUAAUGACGAAAAUGAGACUGAUACUCCAAAAGCAUCUGCGAAGAAUCCAUCUGCCAAGGAAGUAACAAACUCCCGCCAAACUCCAUCCGCAGCCCCCACUCAUAUUGCGAGCCCACAUGAACACCUUUCUCGUCGGUCUUCGACUGCAACCUUGGUUGGAGAGGAUGGCACUGCACUACCAACUUCCCCGACCAAUCCCUCGCACAACCUCAGCACUGGGACCGGCAUCACCGAAUCCAAAGCUCCAGAUGAGGCACCCAAGAAGAAGAAAAAGCCCAAAAAGAAGAAAACCAAGACAGCUGUCGAACCUGCCCCAAGUGUUACGAACCCUCCAGGUUCUACCUCAUCCGUCCAUAAUCCAACCAAUCUCAACGGCGAAGACUUUUUCGAAUACGAUCCGUUCACCUCCCAGAUGACUCAUAUUGACGCCAUCCGUAACGCUGUCGAGCAUGACAAAACUUCAUACUUUGCGCGCACUAAUGCGAGUAUGCAGGCGGAGAAAGAGGCUGAGGAGCAAGGAAAGGCCCAGGAAUCGUCCCAGAGUGACGAUGGGGAUUGA